AUGAGUUCGAGAGCGUUAAAGAGGUUAGAAAGGCAGAAGCAACAAGCGCUCGGCUUAGGUGAUGAGUCCGAACAAGAAGAAGUCGUUGAAGAAACGUCUAAUCCAAAGUUCAAUGCAUUUGCGUUGUUGAAAGGAGAUGAUGACGAUGAUGAUGAGGACGAGGAAGUGGAACAGCAUGAAGUGAUUGAAAAGUCAACGGAGACACAGCAAGCUUCAAAGCCUGAUACAAAAACCAAGGGUAAGAAGUCGAAGAAGAACAAGAAGGCCAAGAAGAAGACCGAGGAUGUCGAUAGUGAUGAGGAGCUUGAUCGUUUCCUCGCCGAGAUCAAAGCAAAGGACUUGAGCAAAGAAUCCAAAGACGUAACCCCUUCAGAAUCCGAGCCUGCUGAGGAUGAGUAUGAUUUUGAAGAGGAGUUGGACAUGGUUUCCGAGCCAGUAAAGGAGUUUGACUCUAAUUUCAAGUUCUUUACGUCUCAUCGUCUCAAGCAAUCGUUACCAUUGUUAUCUAUUCCUUCCGUGAAAGACUUGGAUCCCGACCAAGAGUUCCGUAACUUGUUUGGUAACCUCAGUCUUGAUACGAUUGAAGACGCAAAUACAACUACUUCGUUGGCCAUUUCUCCAGAGUUACUCGAGCAAUUCAGAAAAUUAGCAAGACUUACGAGAGGAUGGGGCGGAAAAGACCGAAGAGGUAUUCCGGGAACGACAAGAAAGCUUUUGUUGACAAGGAUCAGAGAUGAUUGGCUUCCCACUGCCCAAAAGUUGAUGGACGCUAAAGAAUUGAGGCAAGACGAGGUGCUAAAGUACCUUGAAUACAAAGAAGACAGUGCUACUAUUGAAGAGUUAGAGUUUAAGCUCAAGAAGGAGUAUAAGUUAGGGGUGAGAUAUUUCCGUUUUGACAAAUUGAAUAACAUCCAACAGAGAGUGGCUAACACCAGGUUUUAUGCUUCAGUGGUUAUGACUCCGGACCCGGAAUCCUUGAUGCAUCUUUUACAACAAUAUCCCUACCAUCCGGAAACCUUACUUCAAGUCGCUAUGGUUUUGUUGAGACAAGGAAGCGAAAAGUCCACCAGUAUUUCCUUAAUCGAAAAGGCAUUGUUCGUUUUCGAUCGUUCACUUCAAAAGAGAAUGCACGAAUUAUUGUUGGAAGGAAAAUCAGAGCUUAUAAGAUUGCCUUACGAGGGAUUUUUAAACAGACAGUUUUAUUUAUGCUUGUUCAGGUACAUAAUAGGCUUGGGAGAGAGAAGAACUUUCUUCACUGCUUUAUCCUACUGCAAAUUUCUACUUUCGCUCUCUCCUGCAGAGGAUCCACUCGGUGUUCGUUAUUUCAUCGAUUUUUAUGCAAUAAUGAGUGAAGAGUAUAAGUUCUUGACCAGAUUUGCUCAGUCGCCAUUGUGUGUUACAUACGAAAAAUGGCUCACUCCAGGAAUUGCAUAUUCCACAGUUUUGGCAUACUUGAAAAUGGACGACAAGGAGAAUGCAAAGAAACUGUUAAGGACUGCUUAUACAUACCAUCCAUAUACCGGUCUCAAGUUGCUCGAGUUGAUAGGAUUGUCGGCUUCCUUGCCAAUUAAAGAAAGCACAUUGAAGCCAACUCAUGAUGUGAUCGUUGCUGCCGAAACAUAUUUGGUGAGAGCUGGAUUAUUGUGGGAUGAGCAAUCCUCUAGACAAUUUUUACACGAUGAGCUUACCGAAUUGUUUCAAACCCAAAAUCAAAAAGCAAAGAGUUCCAUAUAUGAGCUUUUGGGGUUCAACUCAGCUCCUGAUCAACCAGACAUUCCUAUUAACUUGAUAAGAUUUGCAAUCCUCUCAGGUGAAAGUAAAAUCAUGGCAAGACUUCCCCAACAGGUCUGGAAUGAAAAUGCUUUCGAGUACGACGCAUUGCCUCCAAACGACACCACAGUGCAAUAUAACGAGUUUACUGGAGUUGCCAACGGAUCAUCUGUCGUUGAUUCUAUGAUCGACUAUGUUGAUCAUAACCUAUUGGGUACAAUCAUACAAUCAAGAACUGACGAGGGUCAAUUUGAGGAAAUGGUGAGACAAUUACAAGAAGAAGAAGAGAACUAA